AUGGUGUCACAAAAUAUCUCCCGCGAAGCAGACGAGAGAGGUCUCAUCGCAUCACUAUGCGUGGCCAUCGUUUUCGUCACCAUGCGCACCGGGGCGCGAUGGUUUAAGAAUCGUAGAAUUCCGAUUGAAAUGGAGGAUCUCUUCAUGUACCUCGCCUUGGUAUCGUUUGCCAUCACUUGCGCGCUCUACUAUGCCACGAUUGAUACCUUCUUCAACGUCAUGGCCAUCACUGCCCAGGAGAUGAAGCCAUAUCCCAGUUUGGAACAUGACCUGGUCGUCAUGCUGUACGAGUUCUUUACCGUCCAAUUCUUUUUCUGGUUGACGCUGUGGUCCGUUAAAUGGAGCUUGCUGUUCAUGUUCAAGAGGCUCACGGACGGAUUACCUUUGUACAACAAGAUUUGGUGGGGGGUUCUGAUAUUCUCCGUCUUGACCUUUAUUGGGUGCUGCAUCAGCAAUUUUACCAGCUGCUCAUCUAUGCAUGCUUGGUUUACGGCAGGCGAGUGCGCCACACCUAGGGAUUCGAGGGCAAAGGAGAUCAGUCUGUGGUUCAGUCUUGGCGCAGACUUGGCGACCGACUUAAUGAUUAUGGCUGUUCCUAUUCGUGUCAUGUGGAAUCUGAGAAUCUCACUGGUUGAGAAGAUUAGUAUCGGCGUCGUUUUUCUGGUUGGUGUUAUUACCAUGGUGACUGCCAUUAUCAGAAGCGUGUCGUUGGAGUCGAGUGCAUCGUCCGGCCAAGUCAGCACGACAUGGCUCAUGCUGUGGGCUGGUAUCGAAGGAGCUGUCGCAAUCAUUGUCGGCUGUCUCCCUUCGUUCGCCAUCUUCAUCCGCGGUCGGGUCGUCGCAUCCCGUGCCCAACAUGACGGCAGUUCAAAUAUGAACCCGUCCGGGUAUCGAUCAAAUCCAAAAUCCAAAGAGCGAACUGGCAGCAGCAACCGUUCACAGAAUGAUCAUCAAUUUUGGCAACUGCGCGAUACAGCAAGUGAUAAGAGUUUAGUAGACGGGGGGAUUAUUGUAACGAGAAGUUGGAGCCAGAAGUGGCACAACUCGGCAGGGAGGACAAGGGUACACAAGGACGGGGAAACGGAGCAUGAAUUAAAUGAUAUGGGCGUUUAA